CAAGUCUCGUUUGGGGCGUGCAAAAUGCCUUUCGCCAAAAGGAUUGUGGAGCCGCCGCUUCUGUGCAGGCACCAGAUUCCAAACGAUGAAGGUCUGCUCUUCGAGGACCUGUGCGCCAUCACUAACGUGAUUCUGUCCCGGACCUUGCGACAGCUGUCCGACCUGGCCCGGCACGCCUGCUCCUUGUUCCAAGAGCUGGAGAACGACAUCGUCAGCACCAACCAGCGGGUCUGGGGGCUCCAGAACAAAAUAGGCCAGAUCCAGCAGAAUGCCAAUGCCCUAGACCCCAAAAAGGAGGCAGUGCCCGUGUCAAACUUGGAUAUCGAGAGCAAGCUGUCAGUUCACUACCAGGCCCCAUGGCACCAACAACACAACGUGUUCCAUCCGUGCACCCGACCACCGUGUCUGGAGGAACUGCACAAAAACGCUCAGUUCAGCCUCCGAGCCCUGCACAGAGACGAAAAACAGAACGAGCGGCCCACGAGUCGGGAGAGGAACAGGGUGACUAUCUCCAUCUCAACGGUCCCCGCUAUACCCACCUUCCCCUCACCACAUUCCAUCAGACGGCAACAGAGAAGUCGGCUGGCGCGAGCGCAAGAAAGAGAAGAGCGAGAGCGAGAGUUAGACUAUCAACCCAGGAAGGAGAGGACGGUGAGAGAAACGGAAAUCCAAACCGUUCCGAGAAAAGAGAGACCAGGGCGAGAAGCGGAUAGUCACACCAUACAAAGAAAGGCUACCUCAACAGGCGAGGGAGACGAUGAUGAGGUGUUAACAGGUCACAAAACAAAGACCUCAGCACCUGCUGUCCCCGCCACCCCGGACAAAGAGACCAAAUGGUCGAAGGAAAACGUGUCCCACUCUGAUCAGAAGACAACUUCGGAUGAUUCUCUUGCCGUCUCCUCCUGUAUCAUCCCGAUUAACGUCACAGGAGUUGGAUUUGAUCGAGAAGCUAGUGCACGUUGCUCCCUUGUCCAUUCCCAGUCGGUUCUUCAGAGAAGAAGAAAGCUGAGGAGGAGGAAGACCAUCACUGGAAUACCCAAACGAGUACAACAAGACAUGGACUCCGAUGAAUCACCGGUAGCAAGAGAGCGGACAGUAAUUGUCCAUGCCAAUCCGCACCAACUCUCGCUGUGUCACGAAGACUUCUCAAUUAGUGGUCGCCUUCACCACACUCGAGACUCUGGCUGCCAAACAGAUGAUUUCCUCAUAGCAUGUACAGCUGCUCCUUCCAGGAGGCGCAUCAGAGCUCAACGAGGCCAUCAGGGAAUCCCAGCAUCUCUUUCCCACUCAACGGGCAACAUUUCUUCCCUCGGUGACCAGUCUGACUCGACAUACACAAGUACCACAACCCACACUGGACGUUUGCGAUCUCGUAGCCUCCCACGAGAAGGUGGACGCCUGAUGGAUAGUGAUGAGGAUGAUGAUGACAAUUACGAUGACGAUGAUGACGAGGAUGAGGAUUUGUCACCAUACGAACCAGAGGAUUUUAUUCCGCCCGGUCCGAGUCCGAGGCUGAAGAUGAUGAUGAUGAAGGAUGAAGAAGAGAGCACUGAUGACCAGGCGGCUCCUGAGCCACUGCAACUUGGAAGCCUGAAACGGUUGCAACGGUCUGGGGAAAGAGAUCGAGGAGAAGGGAGCCCAGAACAUUGCUGGAUGGAGAGAGGCCGUUCUCGCUUGCCCCGUAAAGCUGACAUGGGCAGUUGCGAGAUCUCUUCGAGUUCCGAUACAUUUAGUAGCCCAAUUCACUCUGUGUCUACAACAGGAGUGCUGAGUAGCCACACAGACCACAAGGAAGACCAUCAGUCCUCCAGUGGAAAUUGGAGCGGUUCCAGUUCUACCUGCCCAUCCCAAACCUCUGAAACCAUCCCCCCGCCUUCUUCUCCACCACUUACGGGCUCGUCGCAUUGUGACUCGGAGCUGUCACUCAACACUGUUCCCAAUGCCAUGGAUGAGGGGUUUUCACUGGAUCCCACGUAUCAUUCUGAACUGAGACCCCAAGGACCAGGCCACCGGUCAAACUCAUUCACAUCCUCAGCAACAGACCAGCUAGAUGAUGCAGGGGUCAGUACCGCCAGUGAGGGGGAAUGGGCAUAUCCUCCAGACCAGGACCAGCUUGACCCAGAACAAUAUCAUGACCAGACUCAAAACGUAUGUCAAACCCACAGCUAUAGCUCCAAACAAACUCUAGAAGACCAAACGUGUUUCAGUGAAAAUACCAACAACACUGACAAAGACACUGGCUCUCCUUGCUCAUCUGAUACAGGGGCUUUAUACACAUCUGAGCAAUUUGGCAAGAGUAAUCAGAGACACUACAUAUAUAAUAACUAUGCAGACCAGGGGACCGAUUGUGUUCAAUCCAACAUUGUGGCAGCACAUCCCAUUUCCCAAGGAGUUUACUCCUCAGCCUCGUCUGACUACAAAACAGGCACUAUGACGCUGGGGAGGCCCUGUCGUCCACUGAGGAAACCCAAACUAAAACCACCUCCACCUCUGCGAACGUCCUCCCUGAAAGAGGCUAAUUGUAGUGUUGAUGUUGGAACAGACACACAAGCAGAUCAAGACCAACCAAAGAUGGUUAAUGAACAAGACCUGCCACUGUCUUCCACAGAUAUGAAGUUGGAACUGGAACUUGGGGGCAUUCCAGAACCUUUAGAAACGUCUUGUCUUGUGGCAGAGCCUAUGGGAACUUGGGUUAUGGGACUGGGAGAAACUGUGGAUAUAGUGGAGCCCAUGUCCUUCAGCUCAGCAGAUACACACUCGUUUAAGGAUGAAGGAGCUGUGCAAUCUGACUAUGCAGACCUUUGGCUUCACAAUACAGAGAUGAAGUCCAACAAUUGUGAGUACAAAUCCCUCUCAAACUCCAGCACGGCGACAGACACAACUGUCAUGGAUGGUAUCAAGUCACCGGACAGCUCGUCCUCCACUGACACACAAUCGCAGACUCUUUCCCAGUCUUCUGAGACGAGAGCUGCUAGUCCACCCCACCUGCCUGGAGACUUCAAACUUGGGUCACCGGAGAAGUUGGCUGGUCUGGCAUCACCAUCCAGUGGUUAUUCAAGUCAAUCAGAAACACCGACUUCUACUGUGCCCUCCACCUCAGCAGCGUUCUUUCCAGGCCCGCUGUCCCCUUCGACGGGCAAAAGAAAGCCCAAAGUGCCAGAGAGAAAGUCCUCUCUUUCAUCCUCGCAACACCUUCCGAGAGACGGACCUUCUAUUGCCUCCACUUACAAGAGAGACCCAGAUUUCCCACCGCCACCUUCUCAGCUUGAUCUUAAUAUUAUUCACGGUGGCUAUGUCAGACACACGCUCUCACACAGAACGCAACACCUGCACACACUUCACCACAGCAAACACAGAGUAGCAAACGUUAUUCCCACUGGAACAAAGCUGUCGGUCCCUGAGACAUUAAAUAGCAACCCUCCACCGUGUGCAAACGCUGCUGCUUUGAUUCCUAGCUCUCAUAUGUUGACCAUAACUCCAUCAAUUUUACGUUCAGUGCAGCUUCACUCUGUCGGCAAAUCUAGUAAUACUGUGACCAGCUCAGGCCUGGAAUCUGCCAGUGGAGCAGCAACUGUUACCAAACCCAAAUGUUCGACUAGCGCCGCAACUCUAGCCCCACCCCCAAUGAACACUAGGCCACUCCCUCCUCGGAGACCACCCCCCAGACCUCCAUCACAGGACCACAACACCUCCCCUGAUCACUCUCAGCCAACUCCCCCUGGACGUCACCCCGAUGGGCCUCCUUCGUACGAAAGCCUACUACUCAGACAAGAUCGGUACGGGCCCGGAACUUUCUGGUCGAUGACAGCGUUCAGGACUCGUAUAGACCCAUUUUCAGAACUCUCUGAUGACAGCUCGCCUUUGCAUCGGCCAGUGCCACGUGCUCCUCACCCUUCACCAGUGGAUCUACACACACAUAUCCGCUCACACACAGAAUUUAGAGGGCUGACACAUUCAGCUCACACACACCCAGAGUUUCGGAUCUUGGGGGAGCGUUCUUUUUCCCAAGAUGAUGAUGAUGAGGAGGAAGAUGAGGAAGAAGAAGAACCAGUAAAAGAAUCACAGAGGGCCACAUGUCACAGGGUGGGCAUGCGAACAGAUCACCCUCCCCCUCCAGCCUAUGAGUUUGCCGGAGGAUUCCACCUGGACUCAGGGCCCUGGACUAGUCCAGUCAAAGUGCCUGGUACCACAGUGGAGACAUCGCACCCUUACCUAAUCAGCGAUGCCAGGAGGAUAAGACAAGUGGUGCAGGAUGAACAGGAAGAGACAUCAGGUGCUACCAGAAGUGCCCAUCACCUGCUGCCACACGACAAUAAAGACGACUCCACCACUCCUGACACAGAAGACUAUUUCAGUAAAGAUUCCACACCCACUGACAACUCACUUUCCCCUUUGACGGAUGACGCCAAAGUUGAUGAUGAUAUCACAACAUCACCCAACAAGUCCAGAACCACUGAGGAUCUGUUUGCCAUGAUACACAGAUCCAAGAGAAAGGUCCUGGGCCGUAAAGAUUCGGGAGACUUAAAUGUGAAGUCUCGUCUCUGCCCCACAGCACCAGUGAACCCUAACAGUGUCGUCACCAAUGCCAUUAUGCCACCACCCCCUCCACUCAACACCUCAGCCACCAUAGCCACUGCUUCCGGGUCACAACGUGUCCCUGUUCCAAUCUAUCGCAGUGCCAAGAAAUCCAGUACAUCCAAUGAAGAGUUUAAACUCCUGUUGCUUAAGAAAGGCAGUCGAUCUGAUUCCAGUUACCGCAUGUCAGCCACAGAAAUUUUGAAGAGCCCCAUAACUCCAAAGACCCACGGGGAAUCCAUUCCGGAAGGCCCCAUUGGUCAAGCCGAAGAGACCCCCGCAGUGCACCAGGAGCCGCCACUCUCCAACUUGGACCCAAUCCAGAUACCAGGUCUCUUUCCCAGGGCCAACUCUGAGAGCUUCACCCCCAAAAUCCUGCCUAUGACCGCUGCAUCUCGACAGGGACGUUCUCGGGUCCCACCAGUAGCCAACAGUAGUCGCUAUAGUACUCGUAGCCGCCUCUACACUGCUCCCAUGCAAGCCAUUUCUGAAGGGGAAACAGAGAAUUCAGAUGGAAGUCCCCAUGACGACAGAUCUUCGUAGAAUUUGUUGACAUAUAUACUCUUUUUGGAAAUGGCCCCCUUACUACUUUUAUAAUAUUGGUUGCGUCCUGAUGCCUUUCGUCGAACGCACGCCAAAAUCGGACUGUUGCGAAAAUGUAUUAGGAACUGUUGGGUUUCAGAUGUUGUGAGGAACACAAUGACAAAGUGUCAUCUACAAAAAAAAAAAAAAAAAAGUUUACCUUCAAACCACAUGAAAAGGAUAGCUCCUUGGUAGAUAAAAUAUCUAUUUUGAUUGAACUGUCUUUUAUAUACGUUAAAAAAAAGGAAAUUAAGUUGCAAAAGAAAGAAAAGACAUGACAUUUUGUGAAAGAACUGCAUGUACAAGCACAUGCAAUAUUCACUGCUAUUUGUACUUCCUGUCUUGUUUGGUGUGGGUGUGUGUGCUGUCGAGGAACUGCUUUCUUUUGAAAUUAAAAAUUCAUUUAAAAAAAAAAUAUAUAUAUAUAAUACUCUUCCAACUGUUGGUGCCCAAGCAGUAACCAGACUUUGCAUUGAAGCGCAUUAUAAAUAUUCCUGCCGACAAGCAAGGUUUAUCUUGUGCGUAGGUUACAAAACGGUCCCAACACAACACCAAGUUGUUUUUUCCGUCGGCAGACUUGGGAUCAGGAGCAUAGCAUAAAAGACGACCACAUGGUUCUUUACAGAAACCAUAUCGUAAAAUUUAAUAUGAUGCAUGUAUUUUUGUAAAACGUCUCCAAACAUGAUGCUAAAGUUUCAUCGUGUUGCAUGACCCAAAUGGAAACAUCCCCCUAGAUUCUCAACUGUCUGAACAUUUUGUGGUUCCUUCGUAUCAUACGGAAAACGAUCCUGUGAAAAGUUUUAGCGACUGAUUGAUUUAUAACAUACUUCCAUUGAUCCAAAUUAAUGUUUCGUUUUUUUUUCUGGGAUUUUAAGUAGUAGACGGGGUCCAUUUGUGGAAGACUUUGGGACAAUCGCAGUGGCCUUUCUUUGCUGGAUUUGCUUGUGUUCAGUGUGAUUGACUCUACAUGGACCCUGGCCAGAAAUAUAUUUUAAAUGAACCUUCAAACCAUGUCAUGCUAUUGUAACUGAAAGUAGAAAAUUAGCAUUUGGAGGCGGUUUUAAAGGCACCAUUCAGUUCAAAUGGUGAAAAAUACUUUAGAGGGUCCUAAAUCGGGUUGUCCAGAGAGUCAUUUGCAAAGCUUUCCAAUAACCGACCUCUCUUUUGCACUUGAUGAUUCUUCAAAAAUAUUCAAAAGAAGUUAUAUCUUAUAAUGAAAUUCCAUAUGUAUAUUUGUAUUGAAUAUAAAGUCAUAUCUAUAUAAAACAAUGAGAAGACCUUUUUAACAAGAGUGUAGCAAAGAAGAACAGGUCUCACUGACAUGACAUACAAAUCUUAACAAUGAACACUGUUCUCUCCUAGUUGCCUAUCCUUCAUUUGCACUGACCCAGUAGCACCAGACAGGUGAGAGCUCAAUGCGCCAUUUUAUCUAACUUGACAAAUAUUAUUCAUGUUGAACACGCUCCCCAAGAUUUAAACUCAAUUCAUUCAUGGAUGUAUCCUUUGGACACCAUUUACAUACCAAGGUUACCUUCCUUUUAAAUUAUACUGGA